ACGUCCAUGAUCCCAGCAAAACGUUCAUCACCUUUCGCUCGUGCUCGCUCAUUCCCGAAUAGUCAGGCACAAAGGGAAUCCGGCAAUAAUGGAACUGAUGGCACACCCUUGUCCAAGCGCUUGAGCUUUGCCAGGACAAUGUCAACCCCUUUCCAAGUGUUGCACCCGUCCUUGAAGGCAACUAAAAACCCGUUUGAGAAGCUUGCUUCGGCUACACCGUCGCCAAGAGAGGCCCUCGACCCACUUAUUACAGGAAGAUCCACUAUAUGUGAUACUGAACAAGAGGGAGAGGAUGAUGCUCUGGACCCCAACCGCACUUUGAGCUUAUUUUCUUUUUCUCAAUCAACCACAGGAAAUUCGGGUAAUCAAGGAAAUGACCCAGGUGAUUCAGAAGAUGAUAGCCCACAAGAGGAGCCGGAUCAGGAAUUUCUCGAUCCUGCAGGGGAUUCGCGAUCUGAGCUUGACGUUCACAAGCUCUCGCUGCAGCCGAAGCCACGGUUACAUGAAGCCUUGGCAAAGGCUAAUAUACAAAAGGGAUUACAGGCUGAUCAGGAGCUAAAAGCGCCGAGUGUAUCUAGUAACUCAUCAAAGAAAAUGGGAUCUGGAUUCACGACUUCAACCAUAGCGCCACUAGACUGGACACUAAAAACUUCGCUCUCGAUAACAUCACAGGACCCGUUAACUUGGUGUGACCAUGGAGCAGCUACUGAUGAAAUUCAAGCAAUGCAACUUUUCGUAUCCUUGCCAUCAUCCUUCAGCUUUAAUCAAGGGCCUAAUGUCAAGUAUAAUCCAUCAACAUCUGCAAGGAUACGAUUGCUAGCGGCUUCCUAUCACUGGAUCUAUCCAACUAAUACUCCUACAAUCCUUCAGGCACAAAGUAUCAGUAAGAUCUUGAAGAAUAUAGGAAAUAUGGCAUCAAGCGAAAAAGCCAGUAUUACAGAACUGUUUUCUAGAUCUACGGAGUGGAAACAGGCAUUCAAGACAUUAUAUCAGUCCUGUCGCAAUGGAACGUGCCUAUGCUUUUAUUAUGUUGGAACCACAUGGGCAAUCUUAUUCCAGCAUGGGUCCGUCUCUCUGUCUGGUGAUAUAGAAGCAAUCUUGACAAAUUCAACGCCAGGAUUGCGAAAGGUGCUGGAAGAUGAAGAAAUCAAAUUUGAAAGGUUGCCUAAUGUUGCCCGUAAGACCACUAUCCAUCAUUUCAGCGCAAAGCAUGAUUUGGAUGACUCUAGUGAUAACGAGGAGGAUAGAACCAAUCGUUUCAACGUUGCCAAAGCGCCAUUAGUGCAGCCGGGAAGCCAUAACCUGUCAGAUACUCUUUUAUUCAAGGGACAAGUUGAUGUUCAUGGCCUCUUCAGCCACUUAUUAAAUAUGAAGACAACAUACGAGGAUGGCUUCCUUUACCAAUCUCCCAUGCUUAUUGCCGAUGUUCCUUUUCUUCAUGCAGGUUUAAAACGAGCGAUAAACUCAAAGUGCAGAAUCGUAAGUAAGCAUGUCGAAGGUACUGAUAGAGUACAGAAAGAGUAUAGGGUUGAUAUUCAAGGUUUACUGCUUCCGACGGCAACCAGAGAAAUCUAUAGUAUUUUUGCACAAGAACAGCCAACAGGCUUCAACUCUUUUACUUCAAGCGAUGCUCGAUCGCUAGGACUUAAUUUACGUCCAUUGCUGUUAAAGGAAAAGCCUCAAGAAAAAGGAAUCUUUGUCGGCGAUAAAUCCAUGGAUCAACUGCGAUAUGACAGUGCAGUAAAGCAGUUUGCUUGGUUAAUGUGAUGCACCAACGCAUAUGAUUGUAGUGACCACACCUGUCCUCUUUCCUUUAUUUUAUUUUAUUUUUUUACUUCGUCGGCAUGUUUUACUCAAGUCUACCAUGAUUGAACUAUGAAGACAGGGAUAUAGUCAACCAUUACGAAAUAAACAAAAAAGAAAGU